AUGGACCAGGGAACAACGUGUCACAUGCCUAUUUCGUGGCUCGGCAUACAAAUUUCUAUUGGUGUGGGGCCUUCGCGCUGGGUGUCGCCAUGUGGUUUUCAGAUGACUAGAGCGACACAAGACUUUACGGGUUACCGAUUAACUCAGUUCGAUGCUUUAGAUUCCCAGAUUGGUAGUAGAUUUUCAACUCUUUCAUGUGACAUUCAAACAAUAAGCUCGAGACCUUACGCUAGGAAGUGUGUCGUAAUGAAGCUGAUUGAAGUUAAUGUGGAGGUUAUACGUACCGCAAUUAAUAAUAACGCGGGAGGAAUAUUAAUAAUUUUACCAACUGGGGGCUGGGACGAGAACUUGUUGACGCAUUGGCUUCGUAUUGAGUCUGAUUUAUUAAAAGAGGGCUUUCAAGUGCCGGUAUAUUUUUUAACAGAAAGUGAUGAAGUAGAAAAUAUGUAUAUUGAGUUGCGGGAGCUAUCUCACGGUAUUGACAAAUCAAGUGGUCCAAGCUUGCUUGAUUUUAUUUUUUCAACCGGCUAUCGUGCCUAUGUGGAUGCGCCGAAUGCUCAUCCUAUGCGAAACGUGGAUUUAGUUAACAUUGAGGGCAAACUUGCCGUAAGUCAAUAUGACGUUAAGAGAUCUACAAUAAUUUUGGUUGCUCACUACGACGCUGGUGGGGCUAUUCCGUCUCUUGCUUAUGGGGCGAACUCAAACGCAGCUGGUGUUGCCGUUCUGCUAGAAGCAGCGCGGAUACUAUCUCAAGUAACAGACCCCAAAAAUGUGCCAAAGCAUAACAUUAUGUUCCUCCUAACCGGAGGUGGAAAAUUCAAUUACUUGGGUUCGAAGCGCUGGUUGGAAAUGAUGUCUGAAGACACUACUGGCAUAGCCCUCUUUGAUUCAAUUGAACAAGUGGUAAAUCUGGAGGGCCUUGGUGUGAAUGACGAAAAUCGCCUAUACCUCCACGUUUCACGGCUUCCUAAAGAAGGAACUUUUGGUCAGCGCUUGCUCUCCGCCUUGGAGCUUGCUAGCAAGCUGCACCCUCUCUCCAAUUUGACGGCUUCGCCCACAGUUGAGGUUGUGCACAAGAAGAUUAAUCUGAACCAAUAUGAUCUGGCAUGGGAGCACGAGCGUUUCGCCCUUUAUCGCUUGCAUACCGCCACGCUCUCCGCAUGGUCGAGUUCAACGAGCUACCAGCUUCGCAACUCCGUCCUUGAUGGAGGUCCAUUAUGGGGCCCUAAAAUUGUCUCGCGCGGUUACUGGAGUCCCGUAUUGCCGACGGUCGUUGCUAGGAACGCAAGAGUUUUGGCGGAAGCUCUGGUGCGCUUAAUUUUUGAUACUGAUGCUGCUGCACCAACCUCCAAAGAAUUUCCUUUCGUUGAUCCUUCUUGGUCGACGGAGACAUCUGCUGGAGCUCUCUUGGAUCUCCUUACCCUCAGUCCCCGUAGUACUCAGUUGCUCUCAGCGUCGUCGGAUCGCCUUGGUCGGAAGACAUCGGAAGGUAACGGCCUCAUCCACUCCUUGGAACGAUACUUGCGCGCUUUCCUGCCCGAGGUUCGCAUUACUCGACAUUAUUUUGCAAAGAAAAAUCCAACCGCCGCCGAAGGAAAUAGCAAAAAUCCCUCUAAGUCGGUCCAGUAUGAAUCAGGAUCUGUGGCUGCUGCUUCUAUGCCUACGCUGUCGGCAGCUGGGAGAGAUCCAGAAGUAGUAUUCUACACCGGUGUUUCACCGCAGAAAAUCAUUGUAUACCGUCUAAAAUCCUCCGUUUUUGAUCUGGUUGUGGCGUGCUGUGUUGGAGCAUAUCUUUAUGGUCUGCACAUGGUCUUUGAGUAUUUAGAGGUGCUUCUUCGCUCUAUCUCAGUUUUUCUCAACGCUCCGGGGAAGAGACUCAAAGUGGCUUAA